AGACCAAACAUGGAGAUCAGUCAGAACAUGGAGGAUGUCCCUGAGAUAAAGUUGGACCUCGCCAACAUCAAGAAGGAGAUCUACAGGGUCCUCAAGGCAACCACUGAAAGAGGACUGCUACACACUUGUAAACUGUUAGCGGAGAUAAACCAUGCGAUUAGACUUGAUGGGUCUGAGGAUAAAAUGAGUGAGAGUUCAGAUUACUCUGGACCUAGUGGACUUGACCCAGACCCGUCCUGUACCUCUGAACUACCUGGAGCAGAGUCUAGUUGUACCUCCGACCUACCCGGAGCAAUCCGUUCUACCGACCUACCUAUACCUGGUCCGGAGCUGGACACAUACCAACUAGGGAAAACAUAUUAUGAUCUCAAGGAGUAUGACAGAGCAGCGUUCUUUACCAAGUCCCUCACUUCAAGUCAAGGUCGUUUCCUACACUUCUACUGUCGAUAUUUGUCUUCUGAAAAGAAAAGAUUAGAUGAUAUAACUGAUACUUCGAAUACUCCUGAUGCAGUGCAAUUACCUAAACUCAGACAGUUACGCGUUGAGCUGGAGAAACUGUACACAAUAAAGGAACUAGAUGCGUACACCCUGUACAUAUACGGAGUUGUGUUACGGAAACUAUCCCUUGUCGAUCUCGCGGUCCCGAUCCUCUGUGAGAGCAUUCAACUGGAACCAAUGCACUGGGGUUCAUGGCAGGAGUUGAGCUGUCUAGUCACAAGUAGAGAGAAACUUAUGUCAUUAGAUCUUCCAUUCCACUGGAUUAGGAACCUAUUCACAGCUCAUACCUACCUAGAGCUUCAACAGAACGAAGAAGCUCUGCAGCUUUACUUCGGGCUCAUGAACGCUGGGCUUCAGGACUCUUCAUAUAUUAUGGCACAAGUUGCAGUAGCUUUGCAUAACAUGAGACAGGUUGAUCAGGCGGUAGAUUACUUUAAACAAAUCGGAGAAAUAGAUCCGUAUCGUUUAGACAACAUGGAUACAUACUCUAAUCUUCUCUACGUCAAGGAACAAAGGGUGGAGCUAGCACAUCUAGCACAUAGAACCAACCAGAUUGACAAAUAUAGAACAGAAACCUGCUGUGUUAUUGGAAACUAUUACAGUUUGAGUUCUCAACAUGAAAAAGCUGCGCAGUAUUUUCAACGCGCACUGAAGCUGAAUCCUGGAUACUUGAGCGCGCUCACACUGAUGGGACACGAGUACAUGGAGAUGAAGAACACAACCGCAGCCAUCCACUCCUAUAGGCAGGCCAUAGAGGUCAACAGGAGAGAUUACAGGGCUUGGUAUGGACUAGGACAGACAUAUGAAUUGUUAAAGAUGCCUUACUAUUGUCUUUACUACUACAAACAGGCCCAAGAGCUGAGACCUUCUGAUAGUAGAAUGCUGGUAGCGCUUGGAGAAUCAUACGAGAGAUUAGAUAAAAUACCGGAUGCCAUGAAAUGUUUCUGGAAGGCCCACUGUGUCGGAGAUAUCGAGGGAGGGAUAGCCCUUCUCAAACUUGCUAAACUUUACGAACAUAUUAAUGACGUAGAACAGGCUGCUGCGGCUUAUUCACAGUAUAUCCAGGAGACAGAACGCCAGGGUACACCUGAACGUGAUGAACAGGGUGGUGCCUUCAAGUUCUUGGCCGGAUACUAUCUCAAGCGGGAUCUGCUCGACGAGGCCUAUGAGUUCGCGAUAAAGUGCACUCAGCUCGCUGACGUUGUUGAGGCUGGUAAAGCAAUGAUUAAAGAAAUAUCGAACCGACGAGGGAAAACUGAAGGAUCCAACCAUACUGUGAUGGAAGAUCAAGCAUCAUUCGUUUCAUCUAGAAUCCGUCCUCUCAACGAUACUACAUCAAGAGAUGUAGAACCUGUCGGUCUAAGUUUUAACUCAUCAUCUGCUUUUAACAGUUGCAACUCAUGAUAUGUUGUUGACAGUUUCAAACUUUGAUCUGUGUUUAAGUUUCAACUCAUGAUCUGUAGUGAACAGUUUUAACUGAUGAUCGAUCUGUUGUUAACAGCUUCAAGUCAUGAUCUGUUGAUAAAAGUUUCAAAUCAUGAUCUGUUUUUAAAAGUUUCAAAUCAUGAUCUGUUACCAGUUUUAAAAUGUGAUGUGUUUUAAGUUUUAACGCGCAUGAUGUUAAUGAACACUAGUGUCAAAUCGUAAUCUUAUAUUUUUUAACAUUAGUUUCAAGACGUGAUCCGUGCUUUCUAACCACGAGUGGUUUUCCAUUCAACGCGUUAAAAGAAACAAUAGAAAAGAAAUUAAAUUGCGAUCAACUGAUGAUGUGUAGCUGCUUCAGUGUCUAUACUGUACAUAUUGUACAAAACUUUAUGAUUAUUAUUAAUUUUUAACCGAACCCAGCAAAGUGAGAAGCUUGAUGUUCUGUUAAAAUAAGUAUGUUUAGUACCUUGGGAUCUGAGUAUUCUUUAUUUAGAGGAACUGAAGACUUUUCUUUACUUUGAUCCUUUUUUCUUUGCAACCUGAUGUAAACUUCUAACAUCUUUAACUCGACCAAAUAGUUUGAAAUUUUAUAGGUUCACACAAUCAGGUUGCAAAGAGAUAUGUAUUUGAAAAUUUAAGAGUUUGACACAAGUUAUCUGUUCUUCUGAUCCAGAACCCAUUCAAUAUAAUUAUUCAAUUUUCAUACUAAAUAUUUUAAAUCAUCUAUGUACCUAACCACCGGCUGUGAUAGA